CACCACAUACUGGAGAAUUCUGUUAUACUGGAUUUGUUUCUCAGCUCACUAUCAAACGUCAACGUCAAAAUUCCGAUAAGUGUCAAAGGCGUCAAAGAGAGUUCUUUCGCCAUUCGCUUCAGUUGGUUGUUUUAAGUUUUGCGGCUUCGCGUGUGUUUUCGGUGUUUUUAAUUAGCGCUUUUCAGUCUCGAAAAGAGGUGAAUUCCUCAUUAGUCCGGAACAGAUAAGGAAACAAAGAAGAGAGUUCCUGAAUAUGAGAUUACCUCAGUAAUUACUUUUAAAUUGCCCAAUGAGCUACUUAAAGCGUAAAUUCAAGAAGAUACUUAAAACAUUCCACAACAAAAUGAAUGGAAUGUCGAAUACCGAAUCAAAUAAUAUAUCUGAGAAUCAAGACAUGAUCUCCAGACCUAGGAAGCCACCCUCGCUGAUAAAGACUGUUAUUAAUAUAAUCCACCGAUUUCUAAUUGUAGUAUUAAGAGCUAUACUAGAUUUCUGGUACAAGGGCAAAGAAAAAUCAAUGCCACCAAUUGAAGAUCUACUGCUAUUGGAAUCGGCAACAUCUUUGGCGCACAAAAUUCGAGUACAAAAGAUAACCAGCGUGCAAGUACUCAACUCAUUCAUAGAGCGAAUUAAAAAAGUGAAUCCAUUACUUAAUUGUGUAGUAGAUGAAAGAUUCGAUGAAGCACUCGUGCAAGCAGCCGAGGCGGAUAGCCUUAUACAAUCUGGCGUGCAUACUGAAAAAGAAUUAGAAGAGAUUUUCCCAUUUUUGGGGGUACCUUUUACAACUAAAGAUUGUAUAAUGGUUAAAGGAAUGUUGAAUACAGCUGGUUUGUAUAAACGAAAAGAUUUCCGCGGGGAUGACGAUGCAGAUGCUAUCAAGUUAAUUCGAAAAGCUGGUGCUAUACCAAUUGCAUUGACAAAUGUAUCAGAAUGUUGUAUGUGGUGGGAAAGCUCAAAUACUGUUCAUGGUAGAACAAAUAAUCCGUAUAAUACCACGAGAAUUGUCGGAGGAUCAAGUGGUGGAGAAGGAUGUUUACAGGCUGCAGCUGGGUCUCCACUUGGCAUAGGUUCCGACAUUGGAGGCUCCAUACGAAUGCCAGCAUUCUUCAAUGGAAUAUUUGGUCACAAGCCAUCACGAAAUAUUGUUUCAAACAAAGGCCAAUACCCAAUACCGAACUGUGAAGAACAGAAUUCAUUCCUAGGAAUCGGACCAAUGUGUCGCUUUGCCGUCGAUCUUAAGCCAACAUUAAAAAUCAUAGCCGGAGAGAAUGCUAAACUGUUGAAUCUCGACGCUCCCGUUAAUUUGGAAAAUGUGAAGUUUUUCUAUCAAGAAAGCGACGGUGGUGGAUUUAUGAUAUCACCAGUUGACGCUGACCAACUUGCAGCACUACAAAAGGUUGUGAAACACUUCGAAAGGGCGUUCAAAGUCAAACCUAAGAAAGUACAAUUUGAACAAUUCAAACAAGCAGCAACCAUUUGGCUUGGAAAUAUGGCGGAUAAUAGUGGAAUAGACUUUGCAACGCAACUGGGGAAUCUAAAGGAACGUAUAAGCCCCGGCUGGGAGAUGUUGAAAUGGUUUUUCGGUUGCUCCAAACAUACUUUUGUUGGUCUUUUAACUUGUUUCGCUGAGGACAAUGGCGUUAAAUUUGGAAGUGAGAAACAUAAGUAUCUUGUGAAAAAACGUGAUGAUCUACGAGUGGAAAUGCAAAAGAUGUUAGGCGACAACGGAGUAUUUUUGUAUCCGACACAUCCAACCGUAGCACCGUACCACAAUGAGCCUAUUGCACGGACAUUUAAUUUCACAUACACAGCUAUAAUAAAUGUAUUGGGUUUUCCGGCGACGACGAUACCGCUUGGAUUGGGAAAGGAAGGAUUACCAUUGGGUAUCCAGGUUGUGGCUAAUUUUAACCAGGAUCGACUAUGUUUGGCGGUGGCAGCGGAAUUGGAGCGUGUGUUUGGUGGUUGGGUUGCACCUGAGAUUCUUGCAUAAAUUAACAAAACUAAAUGUGAAUGUGUUUAUGUUGAUUCUAUUGUUGAAAAUAAAAUUGAAUUUAAAGAUAAUUUUGAUAUAUAUAUAAUAUAUAUUUUAUAAUAAAAUUUGUAAAGAAUAUUCGAUAAGUGGAAUAAACAAAAUUGCUCACA